AUGAAUGAGACCUGCACGGACAUCAAUGGAGCUUUGGAAACGUACUACCUGCCAACAAUGUACAGCAUCGAGUUUGUCGUGGGGCUGAUCGGGAACCUGACUGUGAUUUGUGGCUAUUUGUUCUGCCUCAAGGAAUGGAAGUGCAGCAACAUCUAUCUCUUCAACCUGUCCAUCGCUGACCUGAUCUUUAUCUGCACCCUCCCUAUGUUUAUAGUUUAUUAUGGAAACGGCAAGAAAUGGAUCUUUGGUGACGUGAUGUGCAAGCUGAACCGCUAUGUCCUUCAUGCCAACAUGUACAUCAGCAUCCUCUUCCUUGCCUGCACCAGCAUCGAUCGUUACCUGCUGGUGCUCAACCCAAUGAGACUCCACUUGUUUCAGAGGAAGCAGUCUGCCGUGGCCAUUUGCGUGGCCAUGUGGCUGAUUGUCACUCUGGAGAUCAUCCCCAUGCUGACCUUCAUCGGCCCCAACAACAUAAGUGAGCACAAUAAUAUCACCGUUGUUAAGUGUGUGGACUAUGCCAGCUCUGGCAAUGCUGGCAACAACCUCAUCUACAGCUUGUGCCUUACUGUUUGUGGCUUCCUCCUCCCUCUGUGCGUCAUGUUUUUUUUCUGUGUAGGGACAGCCCGGGCCUUAACCAGGUUAAGUCAAGAACGAGCGAACAACAUCACCCUGGAGAAGCCCCUGACCUUGGUCAUAUUGGCCGUGGUGAUUUUCUUGGUGCUCUUCACCCCCUACCACAUCAUGAGGAAUGUCCGCAUCUUGUCCCGGAUGGACAGCAUUGGCUUUUCUGAAUGCACGAUCGUGGGCAUCAAGGCUAGCUACGCUGUCACCAGACCCAUCGCCUUCCUCAACUCAACCAUCAACCCCAUUUUCUAUUUCUUGCUGGGAGAUAAAUUCAGAGACACACUCACCAACAGGGUGAAGGUGAUCUGUUUGAAAUUCACCUCGUGCUUGGUGAGAAGACCGAUGUGUUAACAAUAUCACCAAUUU